GCAGCUGGGCAAACAUGGCGUCUGUCUCAGAGUGUGACAAUUAUGUCAUUCCUGCUGGUCUAGUUGUUGCUCGCUUCUGUGGAGCAAACAAGCCAACGUGGUCAUGAACGCACGAAGGGAAUACGAAGAGGAUCGCGGCAUUUUUAAAAAAAUAUCGUUCCUCGACACAGCCGCUCAGACGCUGUGAUUGGCGCGAGGUAAUUGCUUUUGUUAGCAGGACGCGUACUUGUAUGCAUGACAAGCUGUGGACUGUAUAUCCCCAUGCCGCAAUUGAACCCUGGAACCUCAUUUCACACGUGUUUGUGUUGGUCGGUGCGUGGACGAUGAGAUCGCAGUGGCCAAUGCGGGUUCAGGUUGUCUUGCCUCAUUUGUACGUGAACUGCACAUAGUGGUGUCUCUCAUGCCUUGCUCAACAGCAACACUAUGAUAGGUUCACCUGACGUGGUGGCUUUCACAAAAGAGGAUGACGAUGGUCAGAACAAUCCUGACCCAUGGGCUAUACCAGAGGAGUUCUCCAUCCCCCUGCACCCACCGGCGGAUUCCAACCCUUGGGUUAAAACUUCCUACGCCAAGUUCUCAAAAGACUUCAUCCUCAUUUCGGAGUUUUCUGAGCAGGUUGGCCCUCAGCCUCUCCUCACCAUCCCGGAUGACCCCAAAGUCUGCGGCGCCUUCGAUCUCAACUACUUCUCCCUGCGGAUCAUGUCGGUGGACUACCAGGCCUCAUUCGUGGGGCAUCCGCCUGGCAGUGGGUACCCUCGGCUUAGCUUUGUGGAGGACUCACGGGUGGUGCUGGGUGACUCCAAGGAAGGGGCUUUUGCCUACGUCCAUCACCUUACGCUGUACGACCUGGAGGCCAGGGGGUUUGUGCGACCUUUCUGUAUGGCGUACGUUUCUGCAGACGAGAGGAAGAUCAUGCUGCAGUUUCAGGAGCUGUCUGCCCGCUUCUCAAAGGCCUCAGAGUGUUUGAAGGCGGGGAACCGUAGAGCCUUUGCCAAAGAACUUCAGAGGAAGCUUCGAGACUUGGAGUACACUCGCUGUGUGCUGCAGAGGGAGGAGGGCCUCCAGAGAGAGGUGGGGCCGCAGUGCAUGUAUUCGGCUCACGCUGUGGAAAAGGCCAACGAGCUUGCCAAUGUGGAAAAGAGCAUGUACGAACACAGAGACCUUCUGAGACAAAUCAGCUCGUACCCCUACCGCCCACGCCGGGACCCUCAUGCUGUCGCUUGUCAGAAGUGUAUGAGUGAGUGUGAGGAGCUCUUUGGCACGCUAGCUAACCCCAUCAGUUACACCGAUGGAGAGGUGAAGGGAGAAGAGGAUGUUCUGGGGCAUAACGGUCAUGGAAGUGAAGAAGAAGAUGAGUUUGUGAAACGCAGGCCGUCCUACACGCCGCAACUGAUCAAAGCCAAGUCUGCAAAGUGCUUCGACAAGCGCCUCAAAACCCUCCAAGAGCUUUGCGAUGACACCUUCUACGAGGCCACCGUGGAGCUCCUGAAGGAGACAGAGAGGAGUUUUCGGGGUGACCUGUGCUACCUGCACACCCGCCGCUUGGAUCGAGCUAUGCGGAGGAAGCAGAGAGUGGUCAACUUUCUGUUUGAGGAGGAACUCUUUGAAGACAGUUUUGAGGAUGAGGAUGGGCGGGCAACAUUAAGGCCAUUCUGUGCUAUGAACCACGCUGUAGACAACUCUACACUCAUAAAUGCACCACCUAUUGUACUCGGAGCACCAGAACUUCCAAAACCUCUUGACACUGCUUUUCAGACUAGCCACAGUGGAGACCUCAGGCAUGAAGACCGCAAGUCCUUCAGUUUUCACCAGACUUUAGAAACCCAGGAGAGCUCAGAGGAAACCAAAGGAAACUGCAGCAAUCUAGAGCCAGAAGUUAUGGAUGCUGAGUCUGAUUUGACCCCAGACUGUGAGCAUAAAACUGAUCUAGAUCGGGAGAGCAGCAAUGAAUGGGUGGAGGCCGCUAUUGAAGAAGAUCACAACGGGGUAGAUGGAAAGCAUGAGGCUUUGGAGGAAUGCAAGAAGAACUCAGAGUUGUUGGUUCCAAUGGACGCUGCCUGCUGUAUGGCGCAUGAAGUUUUUCUUGAUAAUUCACCUGAUGUUGUGCCGUGCCUCAGCGUCCACCUGCAGAAUCCUCAAACCCUGGUGGUCAACCAGGAGCCCCAGGCCCUACUUCCACUGCAGGAUGACUAUGCUGUGGGCUCUCCAAGCGCAGAGAACCAGACAGCCGCACUCCUGGGAGAUGCAGCGUCCCGUACUUCAGCCGAGGACGGGUCUGACUGCACCAUGAGUGCAUCGACUGGUUCUGACUGGACCGCCUCACCUGUCGGCAGCGGAGGGAUGCAGAGCCUGCGUCAGAAGAAGAAGGCCGGGCAAGGGGCCUUGAGGUUCGUGCGCCAGUACCCCUUUGCUAUGCAGGCGCUGUGGUGUUUGCUGAGCGGCAGGACCCUGGUAGUGCUCGGGGCAGACGAGGCGAGAGUCCGCCGGCUGGUUUCCGCUCUGGCCCCAUUUGUACCUGCUCCUGGGAGGUGUGGAGAGAGAGUCCAAGCCUGGCUGUGCUGCCCUUUCACCCUGACUGACCUGCAGAAGUGGAAACUUAUUGGAUUGCAAAGAGUGGCGUCGCCUGUUGGUUCCAGCAUGCUUUACUCACUGUCCCGCUACAGUCGCUACAUCGCCAUCCUGGAUGCUGACCAGAAGACCUUGCGCUGUCCGCCUUACCGCGGCCAAAUGCUCGCCAACAUAGCCGACCACCGCACUUACGUCCGGCGCGGCUCCACCUACUUCCUUCACCUGCAGGGCACGCUGUGCCGUCUGGCGGCUGAGGCCUUCCUGUUCACCUUCACCCACCACCUCCACCUACCGGUCAACGCCACCGAGGGGGCGGAGGGCGUGGAGGGCCGACGCCACUGCUUCCUACAGGAGCAGCUGGGGCUGGGAGAGGACGACAGCCAGAUAGUGCUCUACCUCAGCCAGCUCAUCACUCAGCACUACCUGCAUGCUGCUGACGGACGUAGCGCAGCGGCACCUUCUUUUAGUUUUAACUACACCACCAGCGUUUUAUACAAAAUCUGAUCUUUUAGAAAGGGAGCCUCCACAUGCAUCCUUUUGGUUUUUAAUAGACUGAUCUUGAUAUGGUCGUUUUAAUUUAACUGCACUGGUUUUAUGAUAUUAUCUGCAAAUGUAUCGCAUAUCUGCCUUGCUGUUUUGUCCCUGGUCUCAUUUGUGUAUAGGGAACAAAGACACGUCGCAGUGAAUGUCGGAGCGAGUGGGCCCUAAAGCAUGUUGACACUAACACUUGGUGGCUAUACUGCGGUUACGUUGCAGGAUCAAUCCCCAACACAUACUAUGUAUUUGUGCACAGUAUAUUUAUAUUUUUUUUUACAAUAGUAUCCGUCACUGCUGGUAGUGUGUAGAAAGUGCUUGUUUAGUCUCAGGCAAACUUGCAUUGCGCCGAUAUUCUGUCCGUGAAACUUUCGCACCAUUUGAGCAUCUAUCUCAAUCACACUGUUGCGCCCCCCCAUGUAAUUUGGUUUAACCCACAUUCCUGCAGGAACGCAUGGGUGUCCAUUUUUAUUCCCAAAGUGAACAUGCAACACUGGAUUGGAUUUGACUCUUGAGAGCACGGAGCAAACAUUCCCAGAAGCUCUUUCAGCCUUGUUGAUGUGACCCAGUCAUCUUUACAUGAUAUUGCAUGUCAUGAGAAGUACAGUGCUCACACAUUCUCCCAUGAAGGGCCCGCAGCAGCAACGGAAAACCUGCCGAGAUCUGUUGGUGUGCAUUUUUGUGGUCUAUGACUCGCAAGCCUUUAAAGCUUUUUAACCUUACUGUAUUGAAUUUCACUGUUGUCUUAAAGGUGUGAGAGUGUUGUGGCGUCAGCAUGAGACCGUCUUGUGCCAGGGUGAAUUAUUGUGUAGGUGAUGCUGCUUUGUUAUAAAUUAAAGGAUACGGACGAGAUGCCGAUGUUGGAUUGGUCUGGCUGAGACGAGGGCGAAGAAGGAUGGAGUGUUUGCAUACAUUUUACUGUUGCCUCACUGCUUAUUUUCUUAAUACGUUUAUGUUGGUAAUUCUGUGAUGUUGCUGCGAUUCUGUAUGCAGGUAUGUAACUGUACAUGUGACUGCAUGAGGUGAAAGGUCAAACAGUGUGGGGACUGGGUGCAAACUGACAUUGAAGGCGCAUUUGUUUGCCACACGUUAAUUGGAGGAACCAUACUUCCCGUCACACAUCUUUUUGCUGCAUGUAACCCUAUUAAAGGCAAGUGUUUUUAGCGAUUGUCGCUCUAAUGCAACAAAAAAAAGUGAAUGUAUUCUGAUCAAGCCAUACCGCAGUGUGCUUAACAUGUAAACACUUAGUGUCCUUCAGUUACAUGUCACGUCUGUGUGCACAUGGUCCAUCUCCUCGUGAGGGGGCGGUGAUAUCUACAACAUGGGUGUUUUUACUGUACUUUCUUUUUUUUAGGCCAGUUGUAUUUUUUUCAUUAAAUUAUUUAAAAAGUUUGCACUUACAUUUGGUUCACACAGGAGUUGAUUUUGAGUCAUGUUGAUUAUGCUAAAGCUCACUGUGAUACCGGAACAACUAAUGCAACUGACAGAUCAUUAUUAAACAUG